UGGUCCCACUUGCGUGGAAAGGACAUGAGGGCAAUGGGAGCAUGAGGCAGAAGAAAGCUAUUCCCUUCAUGGUCAGUCAGGAAGCAGAGCAACACAGGAGGGGGUGGAUACAACAUACCCACUAAGGAAUCAAGCCCAGUUACCCCACUUCCUCCAGCUGCAGAAUCUGUGAACUGACACCAGACCCAGAAGGCUACCAGAAACAGGGACUGGGCAGGCCAAAAAGCCGUGUGCUGGACUGCAGGCAUGGCGCAGUACAAAGGCACCAUGCGGGAAGCUGGCCGGGCCAUGCACCUGAUCAAGAAGCGCGAGAAGCAGAAGGAGCAGAUGGAGGUGCUGAAGCAGCGCAUCGCAGAGGAGACCAUCAUGAAGUCAAAAGUGGACAAGAAGUUCUCGGCACACUACGACGCCGUGGAGGCUGAGCUGAAGUCCAGCACGGUGGGCCUGGUGACCCUGAAUGACAUGAAGGCCAAGCAGGAGGCCCUGCUGAGGGAGCGAGAGAUGCAGCUGGCCAAGAGGGAGCAGCUGGAGCAGCGCAGGCUACAGCUGGAGAUGCUGCGUGAGAAGGAGCGAAGGCGAGAGCGCAAGCGCAAGAUCUCCAACCUGUCUUUCACGUUGGACGAGGAAGAAGAAGGUGACCAAGAGGAUGGCCGCCAAGCCGAGAGUGCCGAGGCCCACAGUGGUGGGGCCAAGAAGAACUUGGGCAAGAAUCCCGAUGUGGACACGAGCUUCCUGCCCGAUCGCGAGCGCGAGGAGGAGGAGAACCGGCUGCGCGAGGAACUGCGGCAGGAGUGGGAGGCGAAGCGUGAGAAGGUGAAGGGCGAGGAGGUGGAGAUCACCUUCAGCUACUGGGAUGGUUCCGGCCACCGGCGCACGGUGCGCAUGCGCAAGGGCAGCACUGUGCAGCAGUUCCUGAAGCGGGCGCUGCAGGGGCUGCGCAGGGACUUCCGGGAGCUGCGGGCAGCGGGCGUGGAGCAGCUCAUGUACGUCAAGGAGGAUCUCAUCCUGCCGCACUACCACACCUUCUACGACUUCAUCGUGGCCAAAGCCCGGGGCAAGAGCGGCCCGCUCUUCAGCUUCGAUGUGCACGAUGAUGUGCGGCUGCUAAGCGAUGCCACGAUGGAGAAAGAUGAGUCACACGCGGGCAAGGUGGUGCUUCGCAGCUGGUACGAGAAGAACAAGCACAUCUUCCCCGCCAGCCGCUGGGAGCCCUACGACCCCGAGAAGAAGUGGGACAGGUACACCAUCCGGUGAUGCCAAGUCCCAGUUUGGGGACCUUACUCUCUAACUAUUGAAAAUCAAUAAAUACAGAGGAUCCCCGUAAAUC